AGAGGGUUGAGGGUGUUCGUUGGCGGUGGCGGGGUGCGUGUAGGGGAUGCGAGAGGAGGGAUGCCAGGCCGCCCGCCGGUUCACCCUCACUAACCCUCGGCUCGCUCGACUCUUCAGUGCGGCCUGAACGGUUAACCGGCCUACUUCUCUCUCUCUUUCUGCGCUCGCCGUUUUGGUCCCGCCGCUGCCAAUUUUCGUCGUCGUCGCCGUCGUCAUCAUUAUCAUCAUCGUCGCCGUCGUCAUCAUCGUCAUAGUCGUCGGCCCGACAUCGCCGCACCGUCAACACCAUCGUCAACACCGCAGGCCGAUCGGUGUUUUCAAUCUGGAUGUAGUAACAUCGCGCGAGAAGAAAUGUGAGACAAGAAAUCCUAUCAGAAAAGGACUCUGUUUUCCCUCUCGCCCUCUCUCUAUCUAUCUCUCUUCCCGUCUGCGAGUAGCUCGCAAUCUCCGCGGCGGCUCGCCGCUGCGGAUAGCCGGCCUAAAAGGAAGAGGAGGGUGGUUGUUCGCUCGCUCAUGAGUGAUUUUUUUCUCGCGCGGUAGUGUUGGAGACUGUGACUACUUGCCGAAGAGAGUUAACGUAUCGCGAGGAGACGCUGGGACACUCGGGGAAGAUUGCUCUCUAUUUCGCUCUUUUCCUCGUCGACGACGUUCCGCCAACGGACGACGACGAACAGACGCUACCUCGCUUCGCAGCGAGACGGACGAUGCUCCACGAACAAAGAAUGUAGACGGAGAGGGGCAGGGCAAGAGAGCGGAUCUGCCUGUCGCGGAUUCGGAGGAGGACAUCGCCGUUGUCUGAAAUCUAAUCGAGCACCUUCCUCGCGUCUUCCUCGCUCCGAGCAGGCAGGAUGUCGAAUCCUAAAAGUUCCUGGCGAACCGGCCCCGGCAGACUGGAGGUCCUCUUGGCGCUGAGCUUGAUCCUGCUCCUCCUGCAGCCGGAUCCUUGCCGCAGUUUGCCGUCUCAUCGUAGCAGACAUCACGAACACGAGCUGCACGUCGCGCAGGAGGCAUCGUCGUCGUCGUCAUCGUUGUCGUCGCGCGAAGAAUUCGACGUCAGGAGUUCCAGGAUCAGUGAGGAGCUACCGCGAGCGUCCGCCUUCACCGGCGAUCCGAUGGUCAUACGUAUCAGGAAGGGUAUGGUCCGCGGCAAGACUCUAACCGCCACCACUGGCAAGGAGGUCGAUGCCUGGUUCGGCAUACCUUACGCCCAAAAACCUCUUGGUCGGCUGAGGUUUCGCCAUCCGCGACCGGUCGAACGCUGGUCGGGCGUGCUAAACGCGACCACUCUGCCGAACAGCUGCGUGCAGAUCCUCGACACGGUGUUCGGCGACUUCUCCGGUGCCACCAUGUGGAAUCCGAACACGCCGCUGAGCGAGGACUGCCUGUACGUGAACGUGGUAGUGCCGCGACCUAGGCCUACGAACGCCGCUGUCAUGGUAUGGAUAUUCGGUGGCGGCUUCUAUUCCGGCUCGGCCACUCUCGACGUGUACGAUCACAAAACCCUUGUCUCGGAGGAGAACGUGAUCGUGGUGUCGAUGCAAUAUCGCGUGGCUAGUCUCGGCUUCCUGUACUUUGGCACGUCCGAUGUGCCCGGUAACGCCGGUCUCUUUGAUCAAAUGAUGGCCCUGCAGUGGGUGCGCGACAAUAUUGCUGCUUUCGGUGGCAAUCCCGAAAACGUCACGCUCUUUGGCGAGAGUGCGGGCGCGGUCUCUGUCUCCAUGCACCUUCUCUCACCGCUUUCCAGGAAUCUGUUCAACCAGGCCAUCAUGCAAUCGGGCUCACCGACCACGCCGUGGGCGAUAAUCUCGCGUGAAGAAUCGAUCGUACGCGGCAUCCGGCUGGCAGAGGCGGUCGGUUGUCCGCACGAACGCGACAAUCUGCGCGAAGUGAUUGACUGUUUACUGACAAAAGACGCGGAGGAGUUGGUAAAAAACGAAUGGGGCACUCUCGGGAUCUGUGAGUUUCCGUUCGUGCCAGUGAUUGACGGUGCAUUCCUCGAUGAGACCCCGCAACGUUCUCUCGCAACGUCGUCCUUCAAGAAGACCAACAUCUUAAUGGGUUCCAACACUGAGGAGGGUUUUUACUUUAUCAUUUACUAUCUCACGGAACUGUUUCGUAUCGACGGUACUGAGGAUGUGAAGGUUACGCGUGAUCAGUUCAUCAGCGCCGUGUCCGAGUUGAAUCCCUAUGUGAAUCAGAUCGGUCGGCAUGCCAUUAUCUACGAGUACACAAACUGGUUACAUCCAGACGAUCCCAAUUCGAAUCGCGAUGCUCUUGACAAGUUGGUCGGAGAUUACCAGUUCACCUGCAACGUCAACGAGUUCGCCGGCCGUUACGCCGACACCGGCAAUACUGUCUAUAUGUACUACUUCAAGCACAGAUCCGCGAACAAUCCAUGGCCGCGAUGGACUGGAGUCAUGCAUGCCGACGAGAUAAGCUAUAUCUUUGGGGAACCGCUGGAUCCAACCAAACCCUUUACGCAAGAGGAGAUUCAUCUCUCAAGGAGAAUGAUGAGAUACUGGGCAAACUUUGCAAAGACGGGGGAUCCGAAUGUGGGCGAUGCCGGUGGAUGGUCGUCGGCUUACUGGCCGCAGCACACCGCCGCUAAUAAAGAGUACCUGACCUUGGACAUAAACAGCACGGAGAUCGGUAGUGGGCCCAGGGUGAGACAGUGCGCCUUCUGGAAGAAAUACCUGCCGCAGCUCCUCAGCGCUACGUCAAAACUGGAAAUCGCGUCCAAGGAGACCUGCAGCGGCACGAGCCUUGCCAACUCCGGCACGACCCGGAUACUCCUGAUCUUGAGCCUGUUAUUGACCGGCCUCACUAUUCUGCCUCACAUCCAGCACGACGUCAGAGGCAUCGUUUAGC